GCCUCCUAAUACUCCGUAGUUAGUACUACUCUUGUGCAGUGAAUACCGCAGGCAACAGGCAACCUCGUACUCGGCCCCAUGUCUUGUCUUAUUUAAGACGCCAUGCCACGCCCAUUACCCCCCAAUUCUCCCAAAACAAAUAGAUCUGAAAAAAGUCGACUCUCAGUCCUAGAGACUAUCCUCUCGUUCAUACCUGACCUAAACCCAUACCGUCCAUUCGUUCCUCCACUCGUUCAACAACCAGUCCCCAGUCGUUCACGGACCGAAUACAACUCCUACUCUUAACCUCAAAUCCAUCCAACCGAACCUCGCCCCAAAGAAGAAUACCUAAUUCACAAUGGGCGAAGGCCAAGAAUGGACCAAUGGCUUUUGGGACUGCUGCUCCCCAUGCAAGAUCUGCUGCCUCGCCUUCUGGUGUCCCUGCUGCCUCUUCGGCCGCACCGCCUCCCGACUCAAGGACCCAGCCCUGAAGGAACAUGGCUCGAUGAAUGGUGAUUGCUGCCUCUACUGCCUGGUCGGCUACUGCGGGCUGGGCUUCAUCCCGCUGAUGAUGAAGCGGGGCAAGCUGCGCGAGAAGUUCCAGCUCGAGGGGUCCGGGUGCGGCGACUGCUUCAAGUCGUUCUGCUGCCCCUGCUGCACGCUGAUGCAGAACGAGAAGGAGGCCGAGAGCCGCGCGGGUCUGCUGGAGAAGGGCGGGUAUCAGGCUCCUGCGGGGAUGGAGUAUAAAUGA